UGAGGGGGACGCCUCACUUCAGUUUUCACUUUCUUUUUUUGCCCCCUCUCCCCUUUUCUUUUCCUUUGGCCGCGAGGUUUUACUUCCGGUGGCUAGCGCCGGUCAGCGAGAAAGUCGACAUGUUCUCGCAGGCUGCCAGGCGUCCCGGGGUUGCCUCUCGCCUGAGACCCUGACUGGAGACAGAGCGCGGACAGGCGUGGCGUCCCUGUCAGCGCCCGCGGCGAGGACCCCGGGGCCGGGGCGGACGGCGUGUCCCUGAGGGGGCUCCCUGCGGGAGCGCGGAGCCGGCGACUGGUGCUUCCCACGUGCGCAGGUGUCGCGAGGGCCGGGGAGGACGCAGAGCACGGCCAGGAGAAGCAUGGGAAGGAGGCCGAGCCGGGAUCUCAGGUCCUCGGGGGCGGCGGCCAAGCCAAGCACGGUUUUUGAGACAGUGUCCUUGAGUUCAGACUCUCUCUUCCAGAGGGCAGUUUCACUCCUCCAUACAUCUUACUUGGACUCUUCAUCUGAGCAUGGUUUUCAGUACAGUCAAGUGACUUUGGUGAAAAAUGACAUUUUCUUAAAUGAGUACAAAACUUUUUACCGACAAAAAAAAGCAAGUAACUAUACUCAGGAAGAACUUCAAGACACUUACGGGUUUCUUCUGUUUGAUACUGAAAAGGAGGCAAAAUUGGUAUGUCAGCGUGGACUCCGUGUUGGCAGCAGUGCUGUUACCACUCUGGGUGAUCCAGCCAAAGGUGUAUACAUUUCCAAAUACUCCGACUAUCUUCAUCCAAGACCAUGGUAUCAUGGGAAAUCUGGUUAUGUUGUAAUUUUUAAUAUAAUUAAGGGAAAAGUCAAGUCUGUGUCUGAGAAUUAUACAACUAACUAUACUAAGCCAUCUUCUGGCUAUGAUUGCCACGUGUCUGAAAAUACUAACAAGGUUUCUAACAAGACGAGUCAUUUUCGUGCCUUUGAACUGAGUCAGUAUUACUUUUACGAACUUUCAGGCAACACUGUUAUUGAGCGACCCAGACAGAUCUGUCCUUAUGUAAUUGUAGCUUUUCGAUACAGGGAACCUAAAACUAUGGCACCACCAGCUCAUAAAAGCAUACUUGAAUGCAGCGAAAAUGUUCUCAUGUCUCCAUGGAAAGGGAAAUUAAUUGUUCAAGACCGUAUGCUAUGUGAUAUAGCUCUUUGGUCCACUUACGGUGCAAUGAUUCCAACACAGCUACCACAAGAACUAGAUUUUAAAUAUGUAAUGAAAGUGUCUUCCUUGAAAAAACGACUACCAGAGGCUGCCUUUAGAAAACAGAAUUACUUGGAGCGGAAAGUCUGUUUUCAAGAUUUGUGCUUCAAUCUGUAUGAGGUAGAACUGUCAAACAGACAAGGGGAAAAUAUAGAUAAAUUAACAGAAUGUAUUAAAAACAAACAAUUGGCAAUCAUCAAAUGCUUAGAAGAUCGAGGGUUUUUCAUUUUACUUACGUCAUCAGCCUUACUAUCAGAACCAGAUUUUGGAGGCAAGCAGAUGGGUCUGCAUGGGUUACAUUUAUUUCAUUCACCCCUGUCAACAGGAGUAAAAGAUUUGAAAGUUGAAGAUGACAUCUCAAUGAAGCUGAUACCUAUUUUGCCUGCCCUUAAUUGUGCCCUGCUAGAAACAAAGAAAUCACUUCCUGAAGAAAGAAUCCAUCCAAACACAUUAGUAAAGCAUUUCCAAGAACUGUACAAGGCAGACAGAAGCCCUUCAUUGACUGUUGCUCCUCAGGAUAGAAUGAAAGACCCUACAUUCUUGGGGAAACUGCCCAGUGGUUUUGACUUGAUUCCUCCAGCUGAAAAGUGCCCUUCAGAGGCUUUAUCUCAGUUGAACUCUUAUUUUUCAGACCCCAGUGCUUACAUUUUGGAAGUGUCUACUGCUUUGGACUUGUUAGCAGAGCAUCCUCAGUCACCUUGUGUUUCAGACGGAAUUUGUGAUGCUGGAUUUUCUUUAGUUAUGACUCCAGAUCCUGAUUUUCCUGGCUCAGAGGCAGAAGUAAGAAAAGAAACUGAAACAAAAAAGGAUUCUGAAGAAAUGUUGAAAGCAAAGAAGAGAGUUGUGGUUCCAUUGAGUCCAGCAUCCAAUCUGAGAGUGCAGCCUAAGAGGAAGGCCAGCAUGCCACACGUGGUGCAGAGUAAAAAGGUGCACUUGUGCCACCCCUUUCCCAAAAGAACUGCUCCCAGAGCAGACAACAGCUCAGACUCUCCAACAACUCUUAAGUUAGUUAAAGGGCAGUUUCCUCAGAAAAGAAAAAGAGGUGCGGAAGUGCUGACUGCACAGUUUGUACAGAAAACCAAAUUGGAUAGGAAAAACCAAGAAGCUCCUAUUUCUAAAGAUGUUCCAGUGCCAACAAAUGCUAAAAGGGCAAGGAAACAAGAGAAAUCUCCAGUCAAAACUGUUCCAAAGGCUAAGCCACCUGUGAAGAAAUCUCCACAAAAACAAAGAGUAAAUAUAGUAAAAGGCAAUGAGAACCCCAGAAUCAGAAAGCAGCUACAACCUGUCAAAGGAGAAACUGCUUCAAAGCUUCAAUCAGAAAUUUCAAGAGAUGGUCAAGAAGAUGGGAUUAGCAUAAAUAGCGUUCAACCAGAAAAUACCACAGUGGCUCACAAUGAUCUUCCUGAAAACUCCAUUGUCAACUAUGACUCCCAGGCCCUAAAUAUGUUGGCCGAUCUAGCAUUAAGCUCUGCUACUUCUUCCACACCGGUAUCUGAGCCUAGAAAUCUUCGCUGUUCCUCUGAAUUGCCACAAAAUGAUGUUUUGCUCUCUAAAGAAAAUUCUUUGCGAGGUACAUCUGACCAUGAAUAUCACAGAGGAGUUAAAAGUCAAAAAGGCGAAUUACUCCCUAACCCAUCUUCUGAUAGGAAGAGUAAUGCUGAGUCAGACUUAAUUGUUAGCCAAGAUGAAGAAGGCUUGGUUCCAUGUAGUCAGGCCCCUGCUAAAGCCCAGUCAGCACUUACUGAGGAAAUGCUAGAAUCUUCAGAUGCAAGUCAAAGCUCUUCUGUUUCUGUGGAACAUUCUUAUGCCCUGCUCCUUAGAGAACAUUCAAAGAAAAAUCUACAGGAGAGAGAGAUACCAAGCCCUGUGUUUCCCAAGAAUGGGACAAAAAGCCCUGAAGCAGUAACCCCAGUGGGGAAAGUCAUGCCAUUUCGGCAUCAGCCUGGUCUUUUGCUUCAGCAAAAGCCUCCUGACGAGCCCAUGGUGAAGCCCAAGGAUAGACAAGCGUCUUCCCGUGUGAAAAAAUCUUCUUGCUCUCGUAUAGUAUUUAGCUGUGAUGACUCCGUUAAGAUCACUUUCAAAUGUGAAACAGAAUAUGCAUUCAGCUUAGAUAGCAAAUAUACCAACAACCCACUGGAGAAAACUGUAGUAAGAGCAUUACAUGGGCCCUGGAAUACUGAUUUGCCUGAUAAUGUGGAAGAAGUGAAGCUUUUACUUCAUAUGUGGGUAGCUCUGUUUUACAGCAAUCAGAACAAAGUCAUACGAUCUUCCCGAAAAGUUGUAGAACACAGCAACCCAGCAAAAUAUGUGUCUAUAAAUAGCACGUUAGAAUCUUGUGAGCUCAGUGAAAUUGAGGAGUGCCUUGGUUUGGAAAGAUGUUCUGCAGACCCUCUCUUGGAGACUAAUGAAAUUUCCAGGGCUCAUGCUGCUGAAGUGUCCUUCCGUGAUCCUAACUGCUUGCUUCCUUUCAUUAAAACACCACUUACCCAAGGCUUGGAACUCUGUGUACAGAAUGAACAGAAAAAAACUUCUGCAAGCAAGUGUCAUCCAGACACCCUAGAAAACCAGAAUUUCGUCUGUUCUUACAAUAAUGAGGUAAUUGGGGAAGAAGCUAAACAAGAAUCAUUAGAUAAACUGGAGACUUCUAAUCUUGUGCUUUCUUGUAUUGGAAGUACACGAACUAAUGGACCCUCUGUUCCUAAUGAAGAAGAAAUUGUUCAGCCACUGGAUAGCACAAGAGUGGCUUCUUACAGUGGCACUGUUACUCAAACCACAUUCACCAGGACUUAUGAUGGGACUGGUAGUCAGCCAGUGAUAUGUCAGAGCUCUGUGUGUAGCACCCUUGAAAACAAAGUGGAUGUUCCUGAUUCAGCAAUGCAAACAAAAACAGGUACUUUACAGGACCUUAUCCAACAUGGCAGCCCCAUAAACAAUGAAUGUCACCCUUCCUUGGAAAGAAAGGAUGAUAAUAUGGAGUGUGCAAUGAUUAAUCCAGCACCAGUUACUCUCAUCUUCGAAAAAAAUGCACAUGUACCAUUACAGACAGAAGCUGUAAAUACAGCUGAUGAACCUACAACCUUUAAUAAGGAGUUGAUUAAGCAAGUAUCACCUGCUGCAAGCCUUAGACAUCCUGUAUCCACCUCGGAAAAGGCACAAACACAAGGCCUGAGGGACAUUUCCUCUCUAGUAGUUGCAGGACAGAAAGGCUCUAAGAACCUUUGUGCCUCCUCAGUAGGUAGAGAGACACUUGAUAAAGAAGUGUGUUCAUUACAGAAAGAGAUGCCUCUUCCAGUCUCAUUACCGUCUGAUAAAGCAAUGGUAAUGGAGGCAUUAUCAUUAGUUAAAAGUUCUAGUUAUCUAUUACCAAGUGAAGAAGUGAGGUGCACUCAGAAUUUCCUUUCACAGACUCAGAGUCUCCUCAGCCUGUCUUCAGAAGGGCUUGUAGAACCGACACAGGUUGAAGUGGACUCAUCAUCAGCCUCUACUGCCUUGGGAAAGCAGUGUUCACUUAACUGCAUUUCAUCAGGAUGCCACACAUCAGGUGACUCUUUAGAACUGAGGAAGAAUGACAAGAAUGGUCCAAACACUGAAAAUAUGAAUUUUGAAGAGUUUGAUUCAGUAUUUAUCAAACAAAGAAGGCUGUCUGUGAGUAGAGAGGUCAGCCUAGAGUUAUCAGAGGAAGAUUCUGACAUUGACUUAGCUCUAACAAUAUCACCACCUACAAGUCCCAGAGAAGAAAUGCCAGCUGGUGAAAUAGAGCAAUUUGAAGAGGCCCCAUUUUCAAAUUUAGAACUUCAAGAUGUAGCUGAGGAAAUAGGUGAACCAGAAGAGGUGGCUGUCACAGAAAGCAGAGAAGUGAAUUCUGUUGACAGUGUGUCAGUAUAUCCCACAGUGUCAGAAGAACCAGUAGAAAAUAAGGAGAGAAAGGGGGAUAAUUUACAACCAGUUACUGUAAUACUUUCUAAAGAAAAUUGCACACUUGAGAUUGCAGAGGAAAUUAAUGUGACCUCUGAUUUUCCCUUUGAUUCUGUAAUUGAGGAAGUAUCACCAGCUUCUAGUCCUGAACCUCCAGUACCAGUUAAAGAGACACGACCAUAUCAGGCUGUGACUCCGUGCGUUUUAAAACUUCAUGGUACACAGUGUGAGAAGAGCAACCGAAUCUCCCAGCGUGUGUCAGAAGACUUAGGCAUAACAGAAAAAGAAAAUUUUUUUGUUGGUCCUACCCAUCCAGUGGGGCAAGAUAACUUUACCCAGGUACAACAAAUGCAGGUCUCUGCUGAAAUGCCUCUAAUAUUAACUGAUCAUCCAGGAAGAACAGGUAGACCAACCCUUCCUGGUAAAGUAACUGAGGAAAUUGUCUCAAGUGAGCAUGAUGAGGGUUUAUCUUUCUCAGGAAAGGUGCAGUGCUAUGGUAGGGAGUUAAACCAGCCUGCCUCAGCUGCCGAAUACACAGGUGACUUCAGUCCUUCUCCCGAAAAACUGGUAAAAUCAGGAAAUCCAUUGCAGCCAAUUAGAGUAGAAAACAGAAAUUUGGACUUAAAACAUCUUGUCUUGGAGUCCAGUGAACCUCCAUUUAGUCCUAGAAAUGUUACCGAAAAUAUGUCUUUGUCUGACACAUUGGUUUCCACAGCUGCACCAAGUGGUGUAGUAAAACAGCAGACUAGCCCUAAAAGCAGUCGGAACAGUCUCUUUACCAGUGAUUUGAAAACAGAUGAAGGCAUUUAUCUGCAGGUGAAGUCCUUGACAACUGCCUCAGUUGAUGGAGCUUAUUCUACACAGGAAUGCACGUGCUCAGUGGUCCCCACACUUUGUUCUUCCUCAGACAGUGCCACAUUAACCCAUUAUGUAAGACCAAUAAAUGCAGAGCCAGCAUUUCAGGCACAGGAAAUACCAGCAGUCAGGAUGGCCAGUUUGCUUAAGAAUGGUGAAACUGAAGCUGAGUUACAUAAAGAAAUCACAGGUCUAGGCACUGCUGGCCCUCAGUCCAACACCAAAUCUUCUCUAAAAGGCGAACGCAAAGCCAUCCACACGCUGCAAGAUGUGUCAACAUGUGAAACAAAGGAGCUGUUGAAUGUUGGGGUUUCCUCCCUCUGUGCUAGUCCCUACCAAAAUACAGCAGACACCAGGGAAAAUCUCAGUAAAGAGCCUUUGGCCUCCUUUGUUUCAGAAUCCUUUGAUACUUCUGUUUGUGGAAUAUCCACAGAGCACAUAGAAAUUGAGAACAGUGGGGAGGGGCUCAGGGCUCAGGCUGGUUCUGAAACCCUAGGCAGAGAUACAGAGGUCAGUGGGAAUUCCGACAUGCACUAUGAACUGCUUUCUGGAGAUUCUGAUCUAGACCUGCUUGGUGAUUGUAGAAAUCCCAAAUGCGAUUUGGAGGAUUCUUGUACUCUAAGAGGUAGUUACACCAGGAAAAAAGAAGAUGUUCCCACAGAUGGCUGUGAGUCAUCGUUGAACUUCCGCAACAACCAAGGGGACUGGGGCUGCUCUAGCCAGGUUCCAGGCAUGGAGAUGAGCCUCCCUCCCGGGCACUGGACCACUAGGGUAAAGAAAGAAGAGAAGUGUGUGCCGCCUUACGUCCAAAUCCGAGAUCUCCACGGGAUCCUCAGGACUUACGCCAACUUCUCUGUAACAAAAGAGCUCAAAGACACCAUGAGAACUUCACACAGCCUGAGGAGGCACCCGAGUUUCACUGCAAACUGUGACCUGCCCAGCUCCUGGACAAGCACUUGGCAGGUGGCAGACGACCUCACCCAGAACACUUUGGACCUGGAGUAUCUGCGUUUUGCACAUAAGCUAAAACAGACCAUAAAGAAUGGGGAUUCUCAGCAUUCUGCCUCCUCCGCCAGUGUCUUUCCAAAGGAGUUACCGACCCAGAUGUCCAUUGGUGCUUUCCCUUUGACAACAAUAUCUGAGGCCUCCAUUCUGCAUCCUGCACCUAGGAGCAGAAGCCCCCUUCUGGUAACAGUUGUGGAGUCAGAUCCCAGACCACAGGGGCAGCCCAGGAGAGGCUACACAGCCAGCAAUCUGGACAACUCUUCCUCUUGGAGAGAGAGGGGUAGUCAUAAUAGAGAUCUUACAAAUUCUCAAAGAAAUCAGACUGUUUCAUUCCACCUUAACAAACUGAAAUACAACAGUACUUUGAAGGAAUCUCGGAAUGAUAUCUCACUUAUUCUCAAUGAGUAUGCCGAAUUCAACAAGGUGAUGAAGAAUAGCAACCAAGUCAUUUUCCAAGACAAAGAGCUAAAUGAUGCUUCUGGAGAAGCCACUGCUCAAGUGAUGUAUCUGCCUUUCCCAGGACGGUCGAUCUCCUUUGAAGACAUAAUCAUAGACUUGUGCACCAAUUUGCACAUCAAACUAAGAAGUGUUGUGAAAGAGGCUUGUAAAAGUACCUUCCUGUUCUACCUUGUCGAAACAGAAGACAAAUCAUUCUUUGUAAGAACAAAGAACCUUCUGAGGAAAGGAGGCCAUACAGAAAUUGAACCUCAGCACUUCUGUCAAGCUUUCCACAGAGAGGAUGAUACACUAAUCAUCAUCAUCAGAAAUGAAGAUAUAUCAUCACAUUUGCAUCAGAUUCCUUCUUUGCUGAAGCUGAAGCAUUUCCCCAGUGUCAUCUUUGCUGGAGUAGACAGCCCUGGAGAUGUUCUUGAUCACACCUACCAAGAACUGUUUCGUGCAGGAGGCUUUGUGAUAACAGAUGACAAGAUAUUAGAAGCCGUAACAUUAGUCCAACUGAAGGAAAUUAUCAAAAUCCUGGAAAAACUAAAUGGAAAUGGAAAAUGGAAGUGGUUGCUUCACUACAGGGAAAAUAAAAAGCUAAAAGAAGAUGAAAGAGUCGAUUCAACUGCACAUAAAAAGAACAUAAUGUUGAAGUCAUUUCAGAGUGCAAAUAUCAUUGAAUUGCUUCAUUAUCACCAGUGUGACUCUCGAUCAUCAACAAAAGCAGAAAUUUUGAAAUGUUUGCUAAACCUGCAAAUUCAGCAUAUUGAAGCCAGGUUUGCUGUCUUCCUAACAGACAAGCCUACUAUCCCCAGAGAAAUCUUUGAAAAUAGUGGAAUCCUUGUUACAGAUGUAAAUAACUUUAUAGAAAACAUAGAAAAAGUAGCAGCUCCAUUUAGGACUAGCUAUUGGUGACUCAACUACAGCCUGCCUGGAUAUGGAUGAUGCCAAUAGAAAAUUAGUAUUUUCCCUUUGGAAAACUUGUGAACAUGUGAAUACACAUGUGAACGUCUUAUAUUUGAAAAAAUCAAUGUUCUACAACCUGGAAAGUUUUCAUUUUCUGUAUUUUGCUGAAAUAUGUCACAGUGGCAUUGUAGUUGUCUGUUAUCUUUGGGUUGCAGUGCUAGAUACUGUUUUAAAUUAUUUUCAUUUUAAACAAGAUGCCUUCUAAGCUAUUGAGCUUAAUAUUAAAAAUAAGAAUUCUACAACAUGUUUACUUAGUUGGAGCAAAAAUAAGUCUAUUUUAACAAAUAGCUUUGUUUUUGCAUGCCUAAUGUCAGAAAGGCCCAUGAUGCACAUUAUGCUCUGUUUUAAAGGUUUUACCAUCCUUGUAAAAACUAUAAUCUUAAAUGGUUUUAUUUGCUGUUAUACAAACAACACUACAUAAACUUAAAACAUUUUUUCCUAAAUGGUACAAAUUUAUAAACUAUCAUUUUUCACUUACGGUAUCUGUAAAUACUACACUACAAAAAUCAGCUUUCUGAGAAAGAAAUAAUCAUUUAUUUAUGAUAUUGAAAAUUUCUACAGUAAAAACUCAAAACCACGCAAAAAACAUUUGUAAGAUACAUGGUAUCUAUUUGGAGCAAAGGCUUUUUUGUAACUAAUUUGUUUCCUUUUUUAAAUAAAGAGAACUAAAAAUCAUCUCUUUCUGCAAUGAUUUUUAUAGCAGAAAUUGACUCAUCUGGAGUGCUCUAGCAAUUUUUAGGCCACUUAGCAGAACAGUAAGCUUCCACAGGAAACCUACACUUCUGUCCUUUGGGCCUGGCCUGUUCUGUUCUGUUUCUGGGUUCUUUCCCUCCCAAAGUCAAGUACACUGAGUAACAGGUUAAAGAAUGGCAAUUUCACCUGGCCUUUACAGGGAAGCUUCUUUCAGAAGUCAUUAAGUCGGUUUUUAUUAUUCCUAAACAAAAGAGCUUUAUUUUCUCCUGAGUAGGUUUUAGAGUUUUAAUUGUUGACAGUUUUUCAGUUACUAAUAGAACCGCAAUCAUUUCAUUUCAUUUUUCCAAGGACAGGAAUCUAUUAAGGGAACCAUUAACUAUUCAGUACAGUGAAUUACUGCCAAAUUACUAAGGAAAAGGAAAGUGAGCAGUUAUAAGCUGCCAAACACCUAUCUGCCUGAAAUACGCACCUUUCAGGUUGGACCUAGUAACACUCACCUCCCCUUGCUGAAAAGCUUUCCAACACCCACGAGGCCAUCUUUCUCAGUUUCCAUGCUACGUUUUCUGCAACUCUACUAAUAACCAAACCAUAUCAUGUGUUAGCCAAACUGAGUCAUCCCAGUAACUACUAUUAUCAUCUUUGUCUCCACUGGCCUGGCACACAAGGUAUUCAGUAAAUACGCUGAAUGAAGAAUAUGAAGAUGUGUUUUUUCCUUUUCACUUAUUACUAACCCAACUUGGGCCUUUGCCUGCAUGGGAAGAGAAAAAGUCUUGCUGGAACUAGAUAAUUUUAUCAUACAUGUAAAGCAGUGGUUUUCAACAACAUCUGGAGACAUUUUCGGUUUUCAUUCCAGGAUGGUGCUAUUGGCAUCUAGUGUGUGGAGGCCAGGGAUGCUGCUACAAUCAAUUCUACAAUGCUAAGGCUGGUCCCUUCAGCAGAGAAUGAUCCAGCGCAAAACAUCAGCUGUGGGAAGUCAAGAAGCUCUACCAUUUUGGCAAUCUAAACAAUCUACAUCACCACCCUAGUUCCUUUAACACAUCAUCUACCUUAGUCUGUGUCCUUCAUACUCUGAACAGUCUUUAUCUGUGGUAAACAACAGCAUCUGCAGUGAGGCUCAUCACUGUCAGGGGAAAAGGCCUUAUGUGUAAACACUUCAUCAUUUCAAUUACACGAAAACUAUUAGAGCACCUAUUCUACCUGACAAUUCACUUACUCCCUUACAAUUGCUGCUAUAAGCAAAAUGAUUGAACACUGUAUUUUUUCUGCAUAAAGAUUAUCAGUCUAGUAAUUGUGUUGAGUCAAGAAUAAAAUGAGGUCUACUCACAGGGAAGCCAGAUGACAGGAGCUGCUGUGAUCCAUCCAGAUCAGAAGACACCCACGCUUUCCACUGCUGAGCACCUUCUGACUGGCAUUGACUCCAGUGCUACUAAAGGAAGCACAGCAGCUGUGACCCUUGCAAUCAGGACACACAGACCAACACUGGGCAGUAGUUUCCACAAUUUGGUUUUAUUUUGCAGUACAGAAAUCAUUUGGAGCCAUUUUGAGACAGAAGUAGAGGCUCUGUCAAGUCAAUACUGCAUUGCAGCUUGGUCCACUGAAGAAGCCACGCCUGAGAUAUAAAAGAUGCUCUACACUUUACCCGCUUUAUGUUUGCUUCCUCUCCCCUUUUCCCUCAUCAACUUUAUUAGGUUAAAACACCACAUACAGGCUUUCUCCAAAUGACUCCCUAUGUCUGGGGUUUGGUUAGAAUUUUAUGCCCACAUAAACCAAACUUGUGGCUAUGCUAUUUGGGCCCUGCCAUAACAUUUGACAUAAUACAAAAUAUAAAGUCAUAGGGAAAACUUCUGGAUGCCGUCCCAAACCGUGGAUUAUUCAAUUUAGAAUCUCCUGAACCUCAAGAGGGUAGAUAGCACACAACCUGUAUGGAUCCAGCUCUUGAGAAGCAGAAGCACACAGCUACACUGAUUAAAAGAUACAAAUACUGUCUCAAGUUUUCUGUAUUGGUAUCCCAACGUUUGUUUAAAACUGAUCCUUCACUAGGGGGAAAAAAAAAAA